AUGCAGGUGGCGGCGGGCCGCGAGGGCGUGCUGCCCCACCCCUUGGGCGGCCGCAAGGCUUGCCGCGACUGUGCAAAUUGCGCCGAGUUCGGCAUCGGCGCCGAGCAGGUGCCGACCACGGCGCGCGAGGCUGGGCGCCGCGCCCGCGGGCCGAGGCGGCGUGCCAAGGCGUCCGGCGAGGAGGAAAGCAAGGAGGAGGUGGUCCUCGACCCCGUCCCGCCCUUCCUCUCCGUGCUGAGGCCGCUCGGCGGGGCCCUCGGCGAAGCGCCUGCCAUGGCCGCGGCGGCGGCGCACGCCGAGUCGGCCGACCGCGUCGACGGGGCCCUCGACGAGCACGGCGCGUUCACCGCGGAGCUCCGGGAGACCCGCGCCCGGCCUCAGGCUGCCGCCGGCGCCGCCGAGGAGGCGAGCGCGGCGAUCGCGGAGGCCGAGGGCCGCGCCCAGGCCCGCGCCGAGGAGCGCGACGGGCUCGCGCUCGCAGAGGUGGAGUGCCGCCUCCAGGACCGCGCGGAGGAGCGCGACAGGCUUGCUUUGGCGCUCGAGGACGUGAGGGGGCGCUACGCGGCGGCCCUGGAGAACCUGGUGGGCCCCAGCGUCGGCGACCCCAAGAGCAACGUCGCGGAGGCGGGCGCGGCGAUGGAGCCGGCGCUCGUUCCAGCGGACGUGGGGGGCGAGGAGUUCCAGGGCAUCGACCGCGCGUUGGACCUCUCCAAGGGCCCCUCCUUUUCCGACCCCUCAUCGCGACGUCGUCGGCCAGGGGUCGGUGGAGGAUGA